GUAUCAAAUCAUACAAUCUGCCGGAGUAUCGAAGUAUACUGCAAGCGGGAGAAGCGGAAGAGAACGGAAAGAAGCUGGCAAAGCCUUUCUGUUCUAUCUUUUUUUCGUCUCUCCUCUCUAUCUCUCGCCACCAAAAGACAAGAGAACAGCAGCUAACAAAAUUCAUUUCUGAAAGACAGACAGACAAAGGGAGACGGAGCGAGAGGGGAGGUAAGACACUACAAUAUGUCAGGCCGGAAGGAAACAGUUCUAGAUUUGGCGAAGUUUGUUGACAAGGGCGUCCAAGUUAAGCUUACUGGAGGAAGACAAGUGACAGGGACGCUGAAAGGAUAUGAUCAGUUACUUAACCUAGUGCUCGAUGAAGCACUAGAGUUUCUAAGAGAUCCGGAUGAUCCACUGAAGACUACUGACCAGACCAGGCGCCUUGGUCUAAUAGUAUGUCGGGGGACUGCUGUGAUGCUUGUAUCACCAACGGAUGGGACGGAUGAGAUUGCCAACCCUUUUGUCCAGCCAGAUGGGGCUUAGUCAUAUCCUUUUAAUUACCCGCUCGUGUAGACUAGUUGGUAUCUGUUCUCUUUUCUCUUCUCUAUCUUCACCAUUUUAGGAAUGGUAUUUUAUUUUGAUUUUGGAGGGGGCAAUUGAGAUUCCGUUGAUUGUAAUGAUGUUGGUUACAUCAUCUUUGCAAAAUCUGUAAUAGCAAAUUUGGAAUUGGUUCGACUCUGUAAUGGAACACAAUCUCUAAACUGUGCAAUCUUUUUUGAAUGGUUUCAGUGUGCCAUUUAAGUGAA